CUAUGUUACAUUCCACACUUCAAUGAAUGAAGUUGCGUUCUUUUUAUUGUUAUUUAUGAAGGUUGGGUCAAGGUAUAGGAAUUUGACAUUCGAUGGGGCGUAUGUGUACGAUGCACUUCGCAAACAAGGUUACUUCAUGACUAGAUCGUACACUGAUAAAAUCAACUGCAUUUUGACAGUAUAAAGAAAAUUCUAAAAUAUGAAUGUCGAAGAAAGCAGACUUCGCACAUUCCAGAACUGGCCAGCCAAUGCUGCUGUUGAUCCCCAGCGUAUCGCAAAGGCAGGCUUCUAUUACACUGGUCGUGGACUGGAAGUACAAUGUUUCUGUUGUGGUGGACGAUUAGAGGACUGGAACUAUGGGGAUCAGGUAAUGGCCAGACAUCGUAGAAUCAGUCCAUCUUGCCCUUUUGUUAGCAACCCAGCUUCAUCUGGAAAUGUACCACUCUGUGGGGCUCCUCGGGAUGUCCCUGCUCAUCCACUUCCCUCUACAACUUAUCAAGCGCGGCCUAGUGGAUCUUCUGCACGCUCAAACACAUCGCAUGCUGGAAUGUGGGAUCAGACAACUAUGUUUCGGAGUGAAGCUUUUAGACUUGAAACGUUUGAAAACUGGCCUAUACCUGAAAUUGUCACUCCAUCACAGUUAGCAAAAUCAGGAUUCUCUUACCUGGGCAUAGGAGACAAAGUGAAGUGUGCUUUCUGCUCUGGUGUUGUGGGUUUUUGGGAAGCUGGAGACGAUCCAGAAAAAGAACAUAGAAGGCAUUUUCCAUCAUGCCCCUUCUUGUACAAUAUCCCAGUUGGUAACAUUCCAUUAAAUGCUGUAGCAGGUGAUACAUGUUCAGAACUUGGUGUACGAGAUUUAAAUACAGAUGCCACUGAUCCUAAGCUGGCUAUGAAAGAACUAGGCAUUCAAAGUCACCAUGGCCCCAGGAACCCCAUAUAUGCUACUGUAGAAUCUCGACUACGAACUUAUGACAACUGGCCAACCGAUGUGACCCAAAAACCUGAUGACUUAGCUGCCGCUGGAUUUUAUUACACAGGAAGAGGCGAUCUAGUUAGAUGUUUUCACUGUGAUGGAGGUUUAAGGCUCUGGGAUCCCUCAGAUGAUCCCUGGAUGGAACAUGCUCGGUGGUUUAACACAUGCGGCUAUGUUACCCUAGUUAAGGGAGAACAGUUUGUGAAGCAAGCAAUAGUUCAACAAACAGCAUUGAAUACAAUGCUAGAUUCAAGUCUUCCAUCUUCGCCUCUUCGCAGGCCUCCAAGCCAGAAGCACACAAUUACAGAUCGAGAUAUACAGGCAUUGAUGGGAUCUGAUUCAGUUGUGGCUGCCUUAGGGACUGGGCUUGACAUUUCUCGUAUCAAAACAGCCUUGCGUCAAAAAUUGGAACAAACUGGUUUGCCGUUUUCAUCUGCUGAUGCCCUGAUUGAAGCUGCUCUUGAUGUUCAGCAUGAGGAAUUUGCUGAUCAAGACUUAAGGGUGGAUGUACCUAGCUCUCACCGUUCAACCAAUUGGCGUCAAAGUGGUCAGAAUGAUUUGGAUACUGAGGAUCAGUGGGAAACAGAAGAAGAAACUGAUGAAGAACAGGAGCAGGAACCAAAUGGCCAACAGCAACAGCGUCAAAGGGAAGAUGCAAUUGAAGCAGCUUCUCAUGAAGUAGAAAAUCCUUCAACUAGUAAUGAUCAGACUUCAUCCUUACAAGGAUCACCUGGUGCUGCUGGCACUCCUAUGUCUCAAUCCAUGCCAAGUUUGCCUGAAGCUACAAACUCUAAAUCCUCCGAUAAGAAUGGCUCAUGCAGGCAAAGCUUACCUCUUCUUCCAUCCAUGGAAGAGGAUUUGUUAUGUCUUGAGAAGAAAGUUUCUCUAGAGGAAGAAAAUAGGCGAUUAAAAGAAGCCAGACAGUGCAAGAUCUGCAUGGACUCAGAAGCCUGCGUUGUGUUUCUUCCUUGCGGUCAUUUAGUAACAUGUGUCAACUGUGCCCCAUCUCUCAGUGACUGUCCAAUAUGUCGUCAAGCAAUUAAAGCAACUGUUCGAACUUUUCUCUCAUAAUAUACCAACCUUGUAAAACUAAUAAUUUCACACAAAAGUCUGUGAAUCUUUUAGGUGAAAUUUCUUCCACUUAAAUAGUAAUAACUAACUAAUGUCUUCUGUGAAUUGUAUAGUUUUAAUUGAGAAGCUCGCAAAUGUUUGUAGUGCACAGGGUGUUGAUAUUUAUUUUCUUGACUGUUUCUUUGCUGUUAAUGCAGUAGGAAUCCGAUUUCUAGUCUUAGACAUUGUUAAUUUAGUAAAUUGAAUUUGCACCUUUUAACGCUUAUUAAAGGACUUAGCAUAUAGAUAAGACUACCGCAACCUAUUAGACAUUUUACUUUUUCUUUUUGUAAUGAUGUCUUUAAAAUUAUAGUGCAAUGUAUUUUAAAUGGUACUUAAUAGUCUUCCAGUGAUGUGUAGCUGCUUGUUAAAAAAGAAUCCGUACUUCCA